AUGUCAAAUACAGAUAUUGAAAGAAAUCAUAAAAAAAAAGUAAAAAAUAAUAAAACUUUUCAAUGUUCAGGAUUUGGAAACUGUCAUAUGCAGUUUUCUAGAAGUGAGCAUCUUGCACGACAUAUUAGAAAGCAUACAGGAGAAAGGCCAUUUAAAUGUUAUUGUGGUCGUACAUUUUCAAGGUUAGAUAAUCUUCGUCAACAUGCACAAACUAUCCAUACAAAUGAAGUGAUUAAUUCACCUUAUUCUUUAUCAUCUAAUUCUUUACAUACAUUAACAUAUAAAACCCGACAAUCAGCGGCAAAAAAUGAUUCAAAACAAUCAGAGAUGGCAACGUACAAACAAAAUGUUGAAACAUUAGAAAAAAAUCAAGAAACUUAUACUGCAAAACCUAAAAGCAAUUCUAUUCAUUUACCUGUAGAGAAAAUGAUGAAAUCAGAAGACGAAGAUGCAUUCGAAUUAUCUAAGUUUCAGUCUUUUAUACCAAAUGGUUUUCAUUCUUCAGAUCAAAUACCCGAUCAUUAUUAUUCAUUAAAAUCUUUUUCACCAUCUUUAUUUUUUCAUUCUCCUAUUUACAAUUCUUUAUCAUCCAAGACGGAUCCUAUACCCUCAAAGUUUUCUACACUGGAUUUAAAUUUAGGUUUAAAAACUAUUCUUCCAUCUAAUACCAAUUCACCUUUACCUAACGAAUGUCAAAAUAUACAACCAUUAUCACAAGAAAUUCAUCCGAAAAACGAUUUUUUGAAGAAAAAUUCAUCUUGUAAUAAUUCUGCAUCAAUAACACUUUAUAAUAAUUCUUGUACUUUAACUUCUUCAAAUACGCCUAGUCCUUCCGAUACAACAAAUUCUUUACGAUUCAAUGACAAUAAACUUCCUUCAAUCACAAUUUUAAUGGAUUAUGACUUACAACGUUCUAAUAUUAUAUCUUUAUCAAAUACAAAUGAACAUUCUUUAAAACAUAACAAUACCCAAAAAAUGAGUAUCCAAUUUCUAUGCAAUCAAAAUAUUACAAUGGGAGGUAUCGAUAUACUUGCAGAAGUAGCAAAGAUUAUAAAUUAACAAAAUAAACUAUUUUUAUAUAUGAAAUUAAAAUUUCACUUGGAUAUUUUUUAUGAGACUAUCAAACAUAAUUGCAAUAUUAUUUAGUAUUACAACAGG